CCGGAAUGUUCUGGUUGUAAAGGUGACUACGCAAUAUAACACAGCAGUUUUCUGGGCAUUGUUUUGAACCAGUACAUACAGUUUGAGGACAGGUAGGGUCUCUUUUUUUCGCAAGUCCAGACGACAUGCCGCCAGCUGUGACACAAGCAGCUUUUGGACGAAGCAUUGGCCAGCCGAAAACCCAGGACUAUUAUAUUUAUCCCAAGAAGGGAUUUCAACGGAAUAACAACGAUAUAAAUGACGACGAAAAUCACCCUCCUCAAAAGUCAGCACGGAACGCCCCCAAAGUGAGGAAUGUACCAAUCAAGCUCAUCAAGAGGGGGAGCCAGGAGGGCGAGCCGCCGCCAUCUCCGGAGCCGGCAUUUACUGAAAUCACGUUUAACCGACAAGCAAACAUGUGCAGGACUCCAGGAGACCGCAAGGUGGUGUCCGAAGAAGACGUGGACGACAAGUUGACCUCUAGACGGGUACCGAUUACUGUGAAACACGAAAUUCGAGUUCCCCGCUCUUUCGAGAGAGAAAAGGACGUGUUCGCGUGGGAUUAUGAUUUUGAGAAAGACGCACCAUUCGGAAUUCGAAGCACUGGUAUCGAUGGCGACGGACUAUGGGGAGUGGGAGGAAAAAGUCUGAGAGAACUCUUGAGGAACAGUUACGAAAGACCAGAGGAAAGAAGACACCAGAGAGACGUCUCCGUCUCCGGUAGUACCGGUAAUGGCUCUGUCGUCGAUUCUGAUAUUGAGGAGGCUGGGGACGAGGUGUUUUGUUGGGAACGAGAGCGUGGUGACGUUAGGCGGGCUCAGAAUGGGGAAGACGGGCAGGGCAAAAAGUCUAAGACCGCAUCUAUUACUAGUAGUAUUAGAAACAGAAAGAUACCGCCAGGAGAGGGUAAAUCUACUCCCGAGGAUAGCAAUGGGUCGGUGGAAAGGGUAAGAGAGCGUAAACCGUGCGUGGAACGAGUAGACUACACCAAACAGAACACGGAAAGACUUUCCAAUUCUAGGCUCGACGCUAUCCUGUCAGAGGUCAAACUGCAGGACAAGAGCCUAGCGAAGUCGGGGGCCUGCCGCUACCCCAUCGCCGGGGACGGAAACUGCCUGUACCGAGCGGUGGCUCACGCCGUGUACGGUAACCAGGCGCUGCACACGGACCUCCGCCGGCGCACCGUGCAGUACAUGCGCGACCAUCGGGACGACUUCGCGCCAUUUCUUGACUGCGACGCCGACUCUUACAUCGCCAAAGCCGCGAAGGACGGGGAGUGGGCCGGCUACACGGAGAUGGUGGCACUGAUGCGGCUCCUCAACGUCGACGUCAGGCUGACGACUGGGGGCACUCCAGGUCAACCGGAUGUGACGUCAGGUGUGCACAGAGUCCGGGAGGAAGUUGACGUCAAGGGUAAUAAAACUGUCUGGUUGUCGUGGCUGAGUCACGGACAUUAUGACGCGGUGGAAAAGAUAUCGUAGAGAAAUAUUUUGGAAAUAUUUGGUACCCAAGCCCGUCAAUAACAUAUUAAAAUGUAUAGCUUAUAUAAACUGAGUCAGACAAAACGUUUUGUAUCUUUCACCAGUCUUUGAAUUCGAAAUGUACAUAUCACUUCAACUGUUGGAAAUACAAGCUACAUGUUACAUAUUGUAACUGAUUAGAAAGGAUAUACAAAAACAUGUAUAGAUCAUAUUCUAUUGCCCACUCUUUUAUCUUUAUCAUGCUGUCUUUUGUGUACAAGUGUACAAGUAUUACAUCAGCAUAUCUUGCAUUCAUUUUUGAUGUACACCGUUUUGCACUCUCUAGUAUGGAUUAAUGCCAUAGUCAAAAGACAUUGACCGAUUAUUCUCUCACCAUCUUAUAUUGGUUAUGCUACCUUCAUUGGUCAGCUAACAACUUUAAGAUUGUUAUUAUUAGGAAUAUUGUUCUAAGGAAUAUAUUCAAAAAGAAUUCACAAACACGUAG